AAAGAUGACGCUUCUGUGGAUUUUGAUCGGCUUAUUUUGCGGCUUGUGCAGUGGUUCAACCGAACGGAGAAUUCUUUCAAAUCAAGGAGGUAUUUUCGAGUGGCUAGGCUCCAUAUUGCUACCUCCAACAACGACAACAACUUCCACUACAAUAGCUGCAACAACUUCCACAACAACCACGAGAACAACGAGCAGCAGUACGACAUCCAGCACCAAUUUUCCCAUUGAAAGGGAUUGUGCGCUUUGUCGCUGUGGCUUGAUGAAUACCCUGUAUAAAAUCGUUGGCGGUCAGGAGACCCGAGUUCACCAAUAUCCCUGGAUGGCUACGAUGCUGAUCUACGAUCGCUUCUACUGCUCCGGAUCCCUGAUCAAUGAUCUCUACGUGCUAACAGCAGCACAUUGUGUGGAAGGUGUUCCCCCAGAACUAAUUACUUUGCGAUUCCUCGAGUACAAUCGUAGUAAUUCCAACGAUGAUAUCGUGAUCCAGAGACAUGUCUCCCGGUUGAAGGUACACGAGCUGUUCAAUCCGCGCAGCUUUGACAACGAUAUAGCAAUUCUGCGCCUUAACCAACCAGUUGAUAUGGGGCAUCAUCGCCUGAGACCCAUUUGCCUGCCCGUGCAAUCGUACAAUUUUGACCACGAACUGGCCAUCGUUGCCGGCUGGGGAGCUCAGAGGGAAGGGGGAUUCGGCUCCGACACUUUAAGGGAAGUGGAGGUGGCGGUGUUGCCCCAAUCGCAGUGCCGGAAUGCCACAACCUAUGGACCCGGCCAAAUUACGGAUAAUAUGAUGUGUGCGGGGUAUUUAGCGCAGGGCGGCAAGGAUGCCUGCAGUGGCGACAGUGGAGGACCUCUCCAGACCACCUUCGACGAGCAGCCGGGUCAAUAUCAGCUGGCGGGCAUCGUUUCCUGGGGCGCCGGAUGUGGCAGACCUCAGUCGCCUGGAGUUUACACCAGGGUCAAUCAGUAUCUCCGCUGGCUGGGUUCCAAUACUCAAGGAGCCUGUCACUGCAUGCCAUAUCCUGAGGAAGAUUACUGAUUGCUGAUCAAUAGUAUAUUUGUAACUGCUUUGAAGUACUCAAACCAAUGAUGUUAUCUUUGCAGCGAAACUGAACUUUCAGGUGCCUUUUCAAUAACAAUUUAGGCGUCCACUUUUGACUAAUUCAAGCAAAGUGCACACAAAUUUGCAACCCAGCAGCACAUCGAUCAAAAGUUGUUCAGCAACUUUGUGGCUAGAUUUAAGCAAAUGCUGCAUAAACUACUUGGGAAACGCUCUGCCCAUCCCCGUGGAGCACAUCCAUAUCCAUAACCACAUCCUUAACCGUAGCCAUUGGCAAAUAAAAAAGCAAUUCGAAACUGGGUUACAACACUU